AUGGCGAGUUCGCAAGUUGCACCGGUGCCCAAAGACGUCCAUCCGCAGCUCGUGGAAAUGAAGGUCCCACUCUAUUCAUACGGCUGUGAGAAGAAAGUGAAGAAGGCCUUGAGCAAUUUGAAAGGUAUUCCUCUCUCUCUCUCUCUCUCUCUCUCUCUCUCUUUCUCUUUCUCUCCCCCUCCUUCUUCUCCUUAUAAUCGCGUUUUAGUGUGGUUGUUCCAGGGAUACACUCGGUGCACGUUGAUUACGAGCUUCAGAAGGUGACAGUGUGGGGAAUUUGCAACCGGGACGACGUCCUCGGCAUAAUAAAGAAGAAGAGAAGGGAAGCCCGUUUCUGGGACCUUGACAGUACAUAUCAGAAUGAGUCAGCGGCUGUGGAGCAGACGUAUGAGGGGAACGGCGAUGAGCAGGCGGCGGUGCCGGGGACCACAGAGAAGGCCGCCCUCGAGGAACGCCCAAAUAAGACCCGAAAGCCGUGGAAGAGACUGCUCCCGUUGUCCAUGGGCUUGCGUUAG